GCUAGCCUGGCUUUCUUCAAAAAAACAAAAAACAAACAAAAAGAAAAAGGCAGCAGUACCUCUAAAGGUCACAUUUUACAUCUUAAUUCAUACAAAAACUGUAUGAAGCAAGAAAAGUGUAAAAAGCAGAAGCAGUGACUCUCUACUGUAAUGUCCAGGAAGUCACUGCCCCCAGGCGAGAAAUAGUCUGGCACAGUCCCCUCAGAAAUUUUUCACAUUUUUUGUAUGUAUUAACUAAACAAGUUCUAACAUGUUUAUUAGUGAGCUUUAGAGGUGCUGGUAGGCAAAUUUUUUUACAUUGUGGACAGAGCCAAAGUAGCUUUCCCCCUGUUUCCUGUCAUGCUAAACUAAGCUAACUGGCUGCUAGCUGUACCUUCAUAUAUAGCAUAAACACAAGAGUGGUAUCAGCCUUCUCAUCCAACUCUCACGAGAGCUAAAUUUGCUGUUUUCCUUAGGGUUUUGUUCUUUUCGAUAACUAUAACUUUUUCAAACCGAUAACAUUAUUUUAGGGUUAGCAGCAGGUGACACACACAAUACAAUACACAGCUCAUACUGUAAGCCAGCUGACACACACAGUACUGUGCCUAUGUGGUCGAUUGGUAAACAUUGAGAUACAAUGACAUGAGGCCUCAUACUGAUCUCAUUCAAUUAAAAAAAGCUUCAGAACUAUCCAUCAUGCUCUUUGGCCUCUUGGCUCUUUAUUAGUGAGGCAGUGGCACUUCUGUCACUGUACUGUGGAAAUAUCUAGCAUGUAGGCUGAGAGCUGUCACUUUAUAAGCACCUCGAUCUGAAACUUUCUGUUGGGACUGUCAGCUGCAGGAGGAGGCAGGAAGGACCUGCAGUCACUUUGAGAAACUAAAACGAGAGGAAACAAUCACUUAAGCCACAGGUAUUCAUCUGAACAAAGCACAAACCGAAGUGUGUGUGACAGGUUUGAGAGGACAUAGAUUGUGUUGGCAUACACGAGCAGCGCACCCAGGACACAUCAAGAUGACUCAUGUGAAGCGGUUUCAGGGAAUUCCCAUGUCAAAGUCAAUGAGAGGUUUGUGCAAAGAGGAGGACUAUGCAUUUCUGGGAACGUCAGAAGAGACGACGAAAGAAGGGACAGAGGGAGCUGAAGCUUUGGAGGACAACUCGGGAGACAAAGAGGAGGAGAGGGUCCAACGGCAGCUACAGAGGGAGCAGCAGGAAAAAGAGAGACUCCGAGACAUAGAGGAGAGCAAGCAGGAGAAAGAGCGGCAGUGGCGGACUCACGUAGCAGAGCUGACCUCCAGCCAGAAGACACUGCAAGACAGACUGGAAAGACUCAGGAAAUUCAGGGAAUUCCAGAAGAAGGUGCUAGAAGAGGAGUCUGGAUUAGAGGGUGAGGCAGGCAGCCUCACAGUCAACCAGCUUCUCACCAGGAUGUAGAUGCACCAGGAGGCGUGGACUGUUGCUGUGGUGACCAGAAGCAACACAUACUGAGGCAAACGUAAUGUUGCUGAAAGUACAAAUAGUGGGUUAACCAUACUGCUUGUAAUCUUUCAAAGUUGGCAAUUAUAUGAGUUUGCUUAGUCUUAUGUUGUCUCAAUUGAGUGUUUUAGAAUCACAAUAUAAAGCAGGACACCACAAUGAGACACUGACUCAUGAUAAAUGUGCUUUUAUGUUGCACUUUAACAUCAAUAAAUCAUCAUUGUGUCGGCUGAGACAUUAUUGGGAUGACUGUAAAUAAACGAGAUGGUCACUGAUGGAGCAGCAUCGAGGACAUUGAAUUGAAUUGUUUCUAACUGAAACCAGACUUAAAAUAACUAAAAUUCUUUCCACAUUGCCACAUACUACUACACUUCCCCUGCAGAAGCAGCACUCCUUCAGGACACCUGGGCAGGGGUGCCACCAGGGAUUUUGGGCCCCAUUAAAAAGAUAUUACAUUGGGCCCCACCACCACAGGCCACGCCACCCUGCACAACUGCUGUAACCUACACCUCCAGAAAAAUAAAUUCAGCUUUUAACCCCACUGCAGUACAUAUGAAAUAAAUAUUCCUUGCAUUAUUUGUAUAAUGAAUUCUUUAAACAACCAAUUUAUCCUGAUGAUGUCAAAGUGUCAUGAAAGAUGUCAUCAGAGGUCAUCUCAGCUUGAGUUGGGAGACAAAUUUUUAACAUGUGAGGCACUAAUGAAAAGACACUAUUGAGUUGCAUGA